AUGGUGACCACAAGAAAUAUGGAGGAGCAGAGCACCAGAGAUUUAAUAAGAGAGUUGCAAGCCCAGAUUGAGGCACAGGCGCAGACUAUACAAGCGCAGGCGCAUGCGCAGCAAGAGAUGCGGCGGAGGCAUGAGGAGGAGAUGAGGGCGCUAAGGGCCGAACGGGAACCUCCCGAGCGGUCCGCCUCGAAUCGAGAAAAUGCUAAUGAGGCAAGCCAUAAUCACGCCAACCCGAAGGGUCGGGCUAGAAGGGAACCAACACCCCUGCAGACCGCUCGGCCUACCAGUUUAUUGCCCUUCACGACGACCAUCAUGCAAACCCCAAUGCCAGAAAAGACUCCUCCCGUAUUGGAUAAGUAUGAUGGUUCGGCUGAUCCGGAUAAUCACUUAAGGACGUUCGGUAAUGCAAUGGCAUUCUAUACAGACAGCGACCUGAUCAUGUGCAGAGCCUUCUCGUUGUCACUUAAGGAAGAGGCAUUGGAAUGGUAUAACACUCUUCCUCCCAACACAGUGGAUUGCUUCGCUACUGUGGAAAACCUCUUUAGGAGACAAUACGCAUCCAAUCGGAAGCAGGAGGUAACACCGACGGAUUUGGUAAAUACUAAGCAGGAGAAAGGAGAAACGUUGAAGGCUUUUAUGAAGAGGUAUACUGAAACCGCACGACGGGUUAGAGAGAUAGAUCAAUCUUUUAUUAUCAAUAAUUUGCCUUCGUGUAUGAGACCAGGAUAUUUUGCGGAAAAAUUGUAUGCACGACCGCCAAAAACUAUGGAGGAGCUCCAAGAGCGAGCAGCUGAGUUCAUCCGUAUGGAGGAAAUGCGAUUGUCGCAAAGGAAACGACAGGAAAAAGUUCUCGAAGAAGCCCUUAGCGCGGAACUUCUCACACCCCAAAGGAAACCAUCCCCAAGAAACGCAGAUGAAAGGAAGAGUUGCCGGUACCAUCAAAACUAUGGACAUACUACAGAAGACUGCAUCACGUUAAAAAAUGAAAUAGAAAAUCUUAUCCGGGCGGGACAUCUCCGUAGGUUUAUAAAGGAAGCAAGAUACGGCCUCCCUAAGGAAGGAUAUUCAAGAAGAAGCCCCGAGCGGGCAAUUAGGAAAGACGAGCGAGGGCGGGGCUAUAGUCGCAGUCCCAGUCGUCAUCGGGAACGUUCGGUUCAUGGAUUUAUCAACUAA